AUGCAGAAAUGGCAACAAGAUGAAGCUUUCAAGAAACGGUCUGCACAAGUAUCGUUGAAUCGUUUGACUGAGACAGGUGGUCCUGGCACUGGUUCUUCUCGCCAUACAGGGGGCUCCAUAUCCUCAGUGGAGCAUAAAAGACGAAUGAGAUGCCCCCACCUCCUUCCCCAAAUCCCCAAUUUUUUUACCCUAACUGACCCCUUCUCUCUCUCUCUUUCUAAACUACUCUCCCAGUCGACUCAUCCGCCGUUACCUCCACCUCCUAUCAUUUCCCCUGCUUCCGCCUCAUGUCGUUGCUGCCUCCGCCUCCUGUCAUCGCCUUUUCUUCCGCAUCUGUUCGUCGCCGCCGCCUCCGUCGCUGUGAGAUUCGCCUCCACCGCCUCAAAGGAAUUGUUAGCUCAAGAAAAGGCACAGGCUUCCGCAUCAAUUAAUCAGGAGGUUGAUCUUGAUGAAUUGAUGGAUGAUCCUGAGCUGGAAAAAUUGCACGCUGAAAGGAUUGCCACUCUUAAGUUGACUCUAGAAAGAAGCUGAAAAGAGACAAACAUUGGAGAACUGAGGACAUGGAGAGUACAGAGAGAUUACUGAAGGGGAUUUCUUAAGUGAAGUCACUGGGAGUGAAAAAGUAAUAUGUCACUUCUAUCAUUGGGAAUUCUAUCGGUGCAAGUAAUUUCUUCACACUUCCCCCUUCUGUUUGCACAUUGCUCAAGGUUAUUAUAAUCAAACAUAUUAAUCUAUAGUAUCUUCGGAAAUAUAUAUAUACAUAUAAAUGGUUCU